GGUAAAGACUGCCUGUCGUGUUGAUGUCAGAGCAACGAACUCGAGCUGCCUGCUGUAAUACCGAGGAACGGAUCCGCGAAACUUGCGGACGAGGCGACCGAGUGUCGCUGAGGCGAGAUGCGGGGACACUCUUGGAAGGCGCUUGCGAGGAACUCAAAAUAAUUCUUUCUGUAAGAAAAUUAUAUUCAAAGUAAAAUAAGACGCGCUGCUUUCGUUUCACGUCGCAGGUUGUGGUCUGGUCGAUUCAAUAGAUGCUCGGUUUCGAAAAACUGCGGGCUUGUUUAUGAACUGGGGAAGAUCUGAAGUCGAGCUCAGCCAGUCCAGAGCGCCCGGUAGAGGGGCGACAGGAGGGGAGGGGUGAAGAGAAGAAGAGAAGGGGGAGAGAGGCGGGGAGGAGAGGGGCGCCCAGAAAACGCCCUGUUGCUGAAUCCUCUCAAAAUUAAAACUUUAUAACGCCAUUGACGGGACGGUACAUCUCUCUCAUGAAGGGAUGGGAAGUUUGAGCUCAGUUGCUUAAAAUAAUCACUUCAUACAUUGUUUUGGGGGAAGUUUAAACAAUCUCCAGUGUUCCCAUUGGAUUAUUUUUUUUCCGCUGUAUUCUGGAUAAGUCUGGGGUACUUUUUUGGAGGGCGGCGAGUCGGAGGCUGUCUAGGCCCGCGGUCACGGCUCGACAACGAGAGAGAAGAUAUUGUAUCUUUUUAAUGUGAACCAGAAAAGUUGGCCAGAUCGCACUUUUCAUUGCUCAGACUGGCGCCAGGAGAAGGCAAACAUGUCGCUGGGUGCGGAGAGAAGGAUGGAAAACCGGCUGAGAAAACUGGAAGCCAUGAUCAAAGACCCGCGGUCUGCGAUCAACUUGGAAAGUUUGCUGGAUUCCAUGAAUGCUCUGGUGUUAGAUCUGGACUUCCCGGCCCUGCGCAAGAAUAAGAACAUUGAGACCUUCUUAAACAGAUAUGAGAAGGUUAUGAAUCAUAUUCGGGAGCUCCAGAUGAAGCCGGAGGAUUUUGACAGAGUGAAGGUGAUAGGUAGAGGAGCAUUCGGAGAAGUUCACUUGGUGAGGCAUAAGGCCUCUCAGAAAGUGUAUGCAAUGAAGGUGCUAAGCAAAUUUGAAAUGAUUAAACGCUCUGAUUCUGCCUUUUUCUGGGAAGAGCGUGAUAUCAUGGCCUUCGCAGACAGCCCAUGGGUCGUACAGCUGUGCUGUGCGUUCCAGGAUGACCGCUCUCUCUUUAUGGUAAUGGAAUACAUGCCAGGAGGAGAUCUCGUCAAUCUCACCAGCACGUAUGACGUUCCGGAAAAGUGGGCAAAGUUUUAUACAGCUGAGGUUGUGUUGGCUCUGGAUGCCAUUCACUCCAUGGGCUUCAUUCACCGAGACAUCAAACCAGACAACAUGCUGCUGGACCGUUAUGGACACCUCAAACUUGCAGACUUUGGGACCUGCAUGAAAAUGGACGAGACAGGAAUGGUUCACUGUGACACUGCAGUCGGGACCCCUGAUUACAUCUCACCAGAGGUUCUCAAGUCUCAGGGAGGGGACGGUUACUAUGGACGUGAGUGUGACUGGUGGUCAGUUGGAGUAUUUAUCUACGAGAUGCUGGUCGGUGAUACGCCUUUCUACGCUGAUUCUCUGGUGGGCACCUACAGUAAGAUUAUGGAUCAUAAGAACUCUCUGAACUUCCCUGAUGAUGUUGAGAUCUCACAAGAAGCGAAAAACAUCAUCUGUGCCUUCCUGACGGACAGAGAGGUUCGCCUGGGCCGUAGUGGCGUAGAAGAAAUUAAAAGACAUCCUUUCUUCAAAAAUGACCAGUGGACCUUCAGCACCAUUAGAGAGACUGCUGCUCCUGUGGUUCCAGAGCUGAGCAGUGACAUUGACACCAGUAAUUUCGAUGAGAUAGAAGAUGAUAAAGGAGAAGUGGAGACCUUUCCGACACCUAAAGCCUUCGUCGGCAAUCAGCUGCCCUUUGUGGGCUUCACCUACUUUAAAGAAGACCAGUUGUUGAAUGCUGUUAACAGUUUAGCAAUGAAAAAUGAUCACCCCGCAUCCAGCAAGAGAGAGGACUAUUUAGCCCUCCAGAAGAAACUUCACUGUCUGGAAGAGCAGCUCAAUAAUGAAAUGCAGGCCAAAGAUGAAAUAGAGCAAAAAUACAGAAGCAACUUCAACCGCCUGGACAAGAUUACCAAAGAGCUCGAUGAAGAGAUAAAUGGCAGAAAAGCAUUGGAAACGUCUCUUAGACAGCUGGAGAGAGAGAAAGCCCUGCUGCAGCACAAGAGCGUGGAGAGCCACCGCAGAGCCGAGAGCGAAGCUGACCGCAAACGCUGCCUCGAGAAUGAAGUGAACAGUCUGAGAGAUCAGCUGGAUGAAAUGAAGAAGAAAAACCAGAACUCGCACAUCUCCAACGAGAAAAACAUCCACCUGCAGAAACAGCUGGAUGAGGCGAACGCUUUGCUGCGAGCAGAGUCUGACGCGGCCACACGUCUGCGUAAAUCUCAGACGGAGAGCUCCAAACAGCUGCAGCAGAUGGAGGCUCACGUGAGGGAACUGCAGGAUAAAUACUGCAUGCUGGAGAACAGCAAGCUCACGCUGGAGAGAGAGAACAUCAGUCUGCAGGCUGCACUGGACACAGAGAAACGAGAGCAGACACAGGGCUCUGAGACCAUCUCUGAUCUGCAGGCACGGAUCUCUGGUUUGGAGGAGGAAGUGAGACAGGUGAGACAGGCCCUGUCUAAAGCAGAGACAGAGAAGAGGCAACUUCAGGAGAAACUCACAGACCUGGAGAAGGAGAAGAGCAAUAAAGAAAUUGACAUGACCUAUAAGCUGAAGGUGUUGCAGCAGGGUUUGGAGCAGGAGGAGGCGGCACACAAGGCAACAAAAGCUCGACUUGCCGACAAGAACAAGAUCAGCGAAUCCAUCGAAGGAGCCAAGUCUGAGGCUGUGAAGGAGCUGGAACAGAAGCUACAGGAGGAACGUUCCUCUAAGCUGCAUGUGGAAAACAGAGUGUUAGAACUGGAGAAGAAGAGCUCCAUGCUGGACUGCGACUAUAAACAGUCACUGCAGAAACUCGACGAACUGCGACGACACAAGGAGAGACUCACUGAGGAGGUUAAGAAUCUGACUCUGAAGAUCGAGCAGGAGGUUCAGAAACGCAGUUUGACUCAGAAUGACCUGAAGGUGCAGAACCAGCAGCUCAGUGCUCUGCGGACAUCAGAGAAACAACUCAAACAAGAGAUCAACCAUCUGCUGGACAUCAAACGGAGCCUGGAGAAACAGAACGUGGAACUGCGCAAGGAGCGUCAGGACUCUGAUGGACAGAUGAAAGAACUGCAGGAUCAGUUUGAGGCAGAGCAGUAUUUCUCUACACUGUAUAAGACACAGGUGAGGGAGCUGAAGGAAGAGUGUGAAGAGAAGAAUAAACUCUAUAAAGACAUGCAGCAGAGUCUACAGGAGCUACAGGAGGAGAGGGAUUCUCUUGCGGCUCAGUUGGAGAUCACAGUAACGAAAGCUGACUCUGAGCAGCUGGCGCGCUCCAUUGCGGAGGAGCAGUAUUCCGACCUGGAGAAGGAGAAGAUCAUGAAGGAGCUGGAGAUCAAAGAGAUGAUGGCCAGACACAGGCAGGAGCUCGCUGAGAAAGAUACCACCAUCACCUCAUUAGAGGAAGCUAAUCGCACAUUGACGAAUGAUGUGGCAAACCUGGCCAAUGAGAAGGAAGAACUCAACAACAAGCUGAAGGAGACACAAGACUACCUGCAGAAUCUGAAGAAUGAAGAGCAAUCCAUAACGCAAGUGAAACUUGCCCUCGAGAAACAGCUGCAGUCAGAGAGAACUCUCAAAACACAGGCUGUAAACAAGCUGGCAGAGAUUAUGAACCGGAAGGAGGUCCGAGGUGGCGGCAGUCGUCGUGGAAAUGAUACAGACGUGAGGAGGAAGGAGAAAGAGAACAGGAAGUUGCAGCUGGAGCUUCGUUCAGAGAGGGAGAAACUCAAUAGCACCAUCAUCAAAUACCAGAGAGAAAUUAAUGACAUGCAAGCGCAACUAGCAGAUGAGUCGCUGGUGCGUAUUGAGCUGCAGAUGGCUCUGGAUAGUAAAGACAGUGAUAUUGAGCAACUGCGCAGCCUGUUGAACUCACUCAACGUCCAGUCGCUCGACUCGGCCAGUAUGAGCAGCGGUCCAGACAUGGACACUGAUGAGUCACUACCAGAGACAAGGCUGGAGGGUUGGCUGUCUUUACCUGUGAGAAACAACACCAAACGCUUUGGAUGGGAAAGAAAGUAUGUUGUGGUAAGCAGCAAGAAGAUUCUCUUCUACAACAGCGAGCAGGACAAAGAGCAUUCCAAUCCUUACAUGGUGCUGGACAUAGAUAAACUUUUCCAUGUGCGUUCGGUAACCCAGACAGACGUUUAUCGUGCUGACGCCAAAGAGAUCCCCAGAAUAUUCCAGAUCUUGUAUGCGAAUGAGGGCGAGAGCAAGAAAGAGCAAGAACCAGAGCCUCUCCCUGGCGACAAGUCCAGCUACAUGUGCCAUAAGGGUCAUGAAUUCAUCCCCACACUCUACCACUUCCCCACUAACUGUGAAGCCUGUACCAAACCCCUGUGGAACAUGUUCAAACCACCUCCAGCUCUGGAGUGCAGACGAUGCCACAUCAAGUGCCACAAAGACCAUAUGGACAAGAAAGAAGAGAUCAUUGCUCCCUGCAGGGUGAACUAUGACAUAUCUACGGCUAAAAAUCUGCUGCUGUUAGCCAUGUCUCAGGAGGAACAGCAGAAGUGGGUUAGUCGACUCAUGAAGAAGAUCCCCAAAAAACCUCCAGCACCUGAUGCCCCUCACCGCUCCUCUCCCAGAGCUUCUGUUAAAGUACAAGCCAGUCAAUCCAUGAGGAGACCCAGCCGACAGAUGGCCCCCAGCAAACCCAGUCAGCGAUGCACGAGCUAGUGGCGCCAUCCAGCGGAUGUGCGAGGGAAGACACUGAGCAGCGCAUCAUAUGAGGUCAUCCAAUGUUUAUAAUAUUUCAAUCCAAAUCAUGAAGCUUGUCAAAAUGAUCCCAUCCCAAAUGUUGGCUAUAGAUUUAAUAACUUCUGCACUCUAUUUGAGUGGUUUUGUGCUGAUCAGUAAUGGCUUCAGUGUGUGUUUGUCAAGAAUUAAUGGCAACACUUUACAAUAAGUUUCUAUUUGUUAAUCACUUGAUAAUUCAUUUUAGCUGAAUGAUUUAAGUGUGAUGAACUAACAAUGAACAAUAUCUUUUUUUACAACAUUUAUUAAUCUCUGUUAAUGUUGGUUAAUAAAUAUAAAAUUGUUUAUGUUAGUUCCUAAUGCAUCAAGUAAUGUUAACAUAUACAAAUGUUAUAUUUAGAAAAUGUAAUAUAUGUUAAUAUUAACAUUUACCAAGAUUUAAAAAUGUGUAGAAGUAGAUUUAAUUGUUAGUUCAUGUUAACUAAUGUUAAUAACUGGUGCUUUUUUUGUGCUUAGCCGAUCACAUGCCCGUGUCUGUACCAGUGUUAUAAUCAUUAACAAAAACUAUCUAAAACAUAGUCAAAAUAAAAAUAAAAAGUGAAAUUAAAAUACUUUCUUCAUAACUUCAAAACGAACUAAAAUAAAAUACAAGUUGUAGUUUUUGAUUCACAGUAUAUUAUAACAUUUGAAGCAUUUACAAUUCACCUUAAUUAAUGAAAAUGUCACUAGAUAGAGGCAACGCAAGACUUUAAACAUAUUUAAAUAAUACCAGUAAACGCUUUAGCUUUGGCUGCCAUAAAAUACUAAAACUAAAAUAAAACGAACUAAACUGAAACUAGAAAACACAGAGAAAAUGAAAACUAAACUAAACUAAUACUAACAGACAAACAGGUAAAUAAAUAGGAAAACUAAACUAGAAUGAUAAAUUUAAUAUAAUAUAGCAAUAAAAACAAAACUAUUAUAACCAUGGUCUUUUUCUCAAACAAAUCUAAUUGUAUAGCUUCAGAAGACUGAAGCGCAUAAGUCAUAUGGACUACGUUUAUGGUGCCUUUUUGUGCUUUUUUCGAUCUUGACACCUCCUGGUCACUGUCUGCUUUUACUGCAUGGAAAAGAGCAGCUUAGACAUCAAGCAAAAUAUCUCCUUUUUGUGUUUCACAGAAGAAUGAAAGUCAUAUGGGUUUGGGUUACACAUUAGGGUGACUAAAUGAUGACAGGAUUUGGGAUGAACUAAACUUUAAGUCUGAUUCCAACUCACUAUUGUCAAUAGCACACAGUUUUGUUUCAACAGCAAAAGCUGUAGAGAUAUUAGGUGUAUUUGGCACUAUUUAUAGACUAGAGUACUACUCUAUAUUAUACACAGGUUUGUGUACAACGUAAAGGAACCUACAGCACGUGCAGAGAAAUAUGGCUUCAUCCACCACAAGGGACAUGAGUUUAUCCCUUUAUUCUACCACUUCCCUGCCAAUUGCGAGGCCUGUACCAAACCUCUGUGGAACAUGUUCAAACCACCUCUGGCUCUGGAAUGCCAGAGAUGCCAGAUCAAAUACCACAAAGAGCACAUGGACAAGAAAGAGGAAGGUCUCAGACCUUGUGCUCCAGACCAGUUCAACCCCCAGUUCACCACGAGCUGAGAGGAAGAACAUUGCUGACUUGGAAAUGGGAUGGAAUGUAUUGCAAUUUAAUGCCAAAACCUCCAUCACUCAAGAUCAUUAAGGGUUCAAAAUGCAGUACUUGAAUAGCAGAAUUACAGUUAUGGCCAUUGCAAAUGUCGGCUAACCAGGUCUCAAACGUAAAGCUUGAACAGUGUUGCGCUGGUGUGAAUACUCUGUUGUAGUCAAGUGGGGAUGCAAGACAACCGCUUUGGCACUAACAAAGCAAGUUUUUAUUUGUGACUAGUGGUGCUUAAUUUAAAGGUAUGCACCAUAAGAUCUGGUUUAGUUCAAACUUAGAGCUCUUUUUCUUUCAGCAGAGAAAUUCUUCACGUUUAUUGCAUUAUUGCUCAUUUGACACCAAACAAAUGUACAGCCUUCAAAAGUAGAAUUUGUUUACAUACAACUAAGGGAGAUUCAGCAGACAUGGAUGUGGCCCCAUGCUUCUUUUAAGGUGAAAUGGUGUUCUAUAGCGUCUACCUCUAAGGUGCCAAGGUCUGUCUUCACUUAACUAUCUCCAGGCUGUGCCACUAGACAAUCUAUAGGGAGAUUGGUGAAGGCUUGGAUGAAUGCUCUCUCCUCCAUCUGCAGGCCUCUGGAUUUGGAGCUUCAGGACUGGCACUGGGCUCUGGAUGACGUGGAUGAUGUAGAUGUAGACCAUACGUUUAAUAUCUAAGGAGCAUGUGUAGGGUUGAAUCAGGGUAACCAUUUAUAUAAAGGGGCUCUGUUCCAAAACCUAGUAUGCUGCCUACGUAGGCAGAAUUAUUAGGCAUCGUGCCCUCCUGAUGUGGAAUAUCCAUUCAAGAUGGUGGACAAAGUAAGAAAAAAGUAAAUUAGAAAUUAAACAAAUAGACUUAUAAUUGUAUAUAAUUAUUAUUAAUGAUAAAAAAAAAUAGUUCCAUUUCUGAUUUAAAAUUGACUUUUUUACCCAGCUAAUAAAAAUAAAUUAUGAGUUGAAUUUCCCAUGUGCUUCGCAUGAGGGAGUGCUAUUUGUAUGAAGCAGAUUUGCUGCCUAUGUAGGCAGUAGACAGCAAGGCAGCUCACUAGUUUUUGGAACUGAGCAAAUGUGUGCCCUCUUAUUUUUGAGUGCAGUGGGAUUUGGUAGCUGUUGAAGCAAACGUAAGCAUGUGUGUGUUUGGAUUCUGUUUGUGUGAAAGAUUUGUCCAAGACGGGAGAUUUGAGAAACUGCAGUAACCCAAUGGAAGUUUCUGUACCAAUUCCUCUGAUCAUACACCCUCUCCGCCCAUCAGGCCCACAGGUGGCGCUCUCGAAUUCAGAGCACAAUAGUUUCUCCAAUCAGAAUGCACCAAUAUUUCUCAUUUGCUACUGAAGGAGAGGAGGUUUGCACAGAGAAUUGGAACUUGGCUUGCUUAUGUUUCUUGUUUGACCUUUGACCCUUGACCCUCUUGCCCUAGUCCCCUCAGAUUGGACACACCAAAGAUGAGGCGAGAAGACUCCAGCAACAGCAUUCUGAACAAAUAAGUCUGUCUGAAUGUGUGUUUAUUGCAGUUUCCUUGCCGUGCUUACGAACUGUUUGUCAAGAACGCAUUUCAACUGUACUGUAAAAGAAAAACCGAAUGAGAGACAGUGUAUCAAAACAGUAUUUUUUUUAUUUGUAGGACUUAAAAUUUCACGACCCUGUUGUUGUGAGAAUUUACAGGUGUAUUAAUCUGCUUCUCUUGCGCACGAUGGCAUGCACACUGUGGUUUAUUUGUGUUAUGGAAGGAUUUUUCUUUCCUGUGGGGUUGUUAAAAUAUGGUGAAACUAACCUUCUCUCUCUGUCUUUCUCAAUUUCUCCCUCUUCUAGUUAACCUUAUUUUGGGAAUCUGGUGCUGCUACAUGGUGAUUUGGGGUUCUUCCUCUCACACCAACAAAAGACCUUUGUCGUAACUUUUCGCACAUUUUGGCAAAUCCAAAAAAGUGAGAGAUGCACAAAUGUUGAUGAAGGUUUUGCUGUCUUAUGGAUUUUAUUCUUUGGGCAAAUGGUUGCUUCAACUUCAAGAGCACCGCAAAUCUACGCAGAACAGAAAGGUCGACAUCAGGCCAAACAUCUUAUUCAUUCAAGGCCAGAGUUGACCUGGAUCCUAAGUUUCCAGCUCGGACAGAACCCUGCUGGAAAGUCUUAGGGACCAGCCAGAGAAUGUGGACGACAGCAGCACCCGAUCUGAUCGGACUGUAGUGUCUUUUUUUUUUUUUUUUGGUUGACUUUGAAGGCUGAAUGUAGACACACCACAUAAACGGCUUAAAACACCACUACAUACGUUUUUCAUUCCUUCAUUAAUCCAGUGAAACUGUAGUUUUUCUAUGGUAGAUUUCUACGAUGUUUAUAUUUUAUCUUUGUUUAACCCACUGUGUGAUCAAAGCUUCAUUUGACUGUUUACCCUCUCUCUCUGAUCAUAAAUGCGUCUCAUACCACUCUCUUCGACACCUGUUGCUCACUUCUUUCAUCAUGAGUUGAAUGUAAAGCUGAGAAGGGAACUGUAUGAACUGAACAUGUUUGUAUAAUUAACAUCAACUAGAUGUGAGCUGUACAAAUGGGCCGAAGUUACAUUUCUGAAAUGUUUGUACAUUUGAGAGCAGGAAAUUAUGAAUUUGAUUAUUUUGCCAGAUGUGGUUGACACAAUAUCAGUGCUGUCAAUCCAAAUUUCUAACCCAACAUUUCAUAUAGCCAUUUCAUAUGGAAACAAAAAAAAAAAGAAAAGCUAUAGUUGCUUUUAAAGCUAUAGUUCACCCAAAAAUGAAUAAUUUCACUCUCAUCAUUUACUCAACUCAUGCCUUCCCAGAUGUUUUUUUCUUCUGCAGAACAUAAAUGAAGAUGUAAAGAAGAAUAUCUCAGCUCUGUAGGUCCAUACAAUGCAAAUGAAUGGUGGCCAGAACUUUGAA